AUGGUUUUUUGGAAAAAAUAAGUGGGUGUAAAUAAAAUGAGCAUAAAUAAGACUGUAAAUUGUAACAAUAAUUGCAUUCUGAAUAUUUCAGUUGAAUAUUAAUAUUACAAGGAAAAUGAAGUCUGUCCAAGUUUUCUUAUUCGUCUCUGCAUUUGUUUGUGCCGUAUUUGGCCAAGAAAUACCCACUUCAAGCUUUGCUUAUGGAGUCAACGAUCCUAUGACUGGUGACCAUAAAGAACAUCACGAAGUUAAAGUUGGCGAUGCUGUAUCUGGAUUUUACCGCACCUUAGAUGCCGAUGGUUUGAUGAGAACUGUUGAUUACAAAGCUGAUGCUUUCAAUGGAUUCACUGCUGAUGUCAAACGUGAACCAGCAUCAGUUGCGGCACCAGUAGCUCCUGUAGAACCUGUUGUAUACAAAACCGAAUUGCCAUCAUUCCACAGCUACGAAAUUCCAGCUAUAUACAAAGCUGCACCAUUCUCUAGCUAUUACUCCUCAUCUUCAUCCAUGAUUGGUACUCCUUAUUAUCCAUAUGCCAAAACCGCCAUUACUGAAUAUCCAUCUAUUUUACCGUCCCCAUAUUAUCCAUUAGCCAAAACUGUAUCUCACGCUUAUCCUUACGUCGAAUCUUCCAUUUUACCGUCUUACUAUCCAUGGGCUAAGUCUGCAAUUCCAGCAUUGCCAUAUCACGGAUCUUACUUGCCAUCACUCAAAACUGGAUUAAUUGCUCCCUUAAAAACAUUCGGUUCGUACGUAGAACCAGUUGAUUUACUCAAAAAAUAAAGAUUUUUAUGUUUGAUUAGUUUGUAAAUUUCUAUUACGUUUUAUUUGAAUAAUAAAUAAUUAUGUUAGUAUUCAAUUUUGAAGUCCAUAUCCAAUUUAUUUUUUAUAAAUAUAUUUUUAAAUAAAAAUAAUUUUUCUAUGA